AUGUCCAACGAUCCGUCUGUGAGGCGAAUCUUGCCUCAGAGCUCCCAGAUGGGCAGCUUCUCCUUUGCGCCGCAGCAGUUCCCUCAGAGGGAAACCCAGAAGAUGAUGAGAGCUUGUGAAGGAUGUAGAAGAAGGAAAAUCAAGUGCGAUGCGGCCACGACAAACACCUGGCCUUGCUCCGCCUGCAUCAGACUCAAGCUCCAUUGUGUCCGCCCCAACGGCCAGUACGAUGGCACCGACAGCUAUGAGCCUGGCAGGGACGAAUUCGCCGCUGCGUCCUCUCAGCUGCAAGACAACUUCCGCCAGCAAGCUCCUAUGCAGCAACAGUCCAUGAUGGCUGGUGGGCAGAAGCCCAAUCCGUCCAUGUAUACCGCCCAGGGCGCAUAUUCGGAUCCCAAUGUCUUCCCGCCUGUUCACUACUCUGAGCAGCAGGCACACCAGCAUAACAUGCACUACACCACGGUGCCCCCCUCAGUAUCGAUGAUGGAACAACCCUACGGUGCUCCGAAUGUGUUCCCUACACCGCCUCUACAGCAUAGCGCACAUCCGGAUUCGCCUCCCGACACAUAUUCUCAAGACGGCUCCUAUCAGCAAUCUGACCUGGCUGACCUCCUCGGUUCACUGAAGGUCAAUGAGGCAGGGACAGCACCAUACCUGAGAAACAAAGCCUCUUUCCUCCAUGACGAGGAGCCGGCCGUGGAAGAUGCCGAAGAUUUCAAGACGGCCCUUCCGCCCAUCAUCUCUGGGCCAGGUCUCAAGAUUCGCAUCCCUCCGGAACUGAUGCCGGACGACGAAACUGUCAUGCAUUAUUUCGACUUGUUCUUUAGCCACGUGCACCCGUACAUACCUGUUCUCAGCAAGACCAUGUUCUAUCACCAAUGGAAUACCAAUCGAGAGUCUGUGUCGCCUCUCAUUCUCGAAGCCCUUUUCGCCAUGGGAGGAAGACUUGCCGACGAUCCCGCCCAAGGACAGCAAUGGCUUGCCUUGGCGACGAAACACGCCGACUCUUUUAUGGACGUGCCGAGACUCAGCACCCUCCAGGCUUUGCUACUUAUCCUGAAAGCCAGGGAAGCAGCACCGAAGCGCGGCUACUACUACCGUUCGUGGAUGACCAUCGUGCAGUGCGUGCAAAUGGGCAAGGAUCUCGGCUUGGAUGAGCAUUACUCGGACCACCAGGCUGGACGGCCCUGCGGCUCGUCUCCUACGGAAUGCCAGAUGAAGAGUAGAAUAUGGCAGACCAUCUUUGUCUGCGAAACCAUGAUUGGAUCUCCUCAAGGACGAACCGAUCUUGCGGUCGAGCUGGACUCCAUCGACUUUAGUGUUCCGCGUCCUAUCCCGGGCGGCGACGACUUUGAGUACCACACCACCCGGAACUUUACCUAUUUUGCACGAAUUGUUCGUAACGUCAGCCGUAUGAACACCGCUUACGGCCAUCUCAAGAAGAAGAAAACGAAGGACUGGGGCGUCGACCCCGAGUUUGUGCAACUCAACCCGGCGCUGAACGCUUGGUUGAACGACCUACCCGCGGAUCUAUCGGUUACGUUCCCUCCGGAUGGUUCUCCGCCGUGGCUUUCGUCGCCAUACAUUGGGAACCUGCACUCCUACUACUACCUGACUUUGAUUCUGCUUCAUCGACCUCAGCUCAACUUCCUCGAUCCUAACGGACAGGACGGACAAUGGAAACAGCACAUGAUGAUUUGCUACUCCUCAGCCAAGGCUUUGUGUCGACUCCAGGAGGCGGUCCUGAAUUCCUUUGGGUUUCCGGGCCUACAAUGCAUGCUCCGUGGGUUCAGUUUCACCGUCUACUGCGGACUCUGCUGCAUUGUUCUACAUCUGGUUGCCGUUGUUUCGCCUGACCCCGAUCUGAACACUGAUGCUCGCGAGUUCUUCACACGGCACAUGCGAGUCCUUGAGAAGGUCAUGGGGAUUUGGCCGAUGGCGGAUCUUCAGAAGCAAGUCGACGCGGUACGCGAAGCAUUUUCUGCUGAUACCAGGAAACCUUUCGUGCUCAAGCCAAGCUUCCCGUACGGAAGUCCUCAGUCGUCCAACCAUUCCAGUCCUCCCCGGGGUUACAGGCCGGGAAUGGCUCGUACUGCGUCUUUGGACCAACAGCUGGAUACUCAGAACCUUCAACACUCCCAAGUCAGUUAUACCAGCCACCCCAUCACACCUCCCAUCUCUGCCGGGCCUGUGGAUACCAAGAGUGACUCGCCUGCUAUACAGUCGCUCGUCAUGAUGGCCAAUCAAGGUUCCCAAGCGCCGGGGAUGCAGCAAUCAAUGUCACUAUCAGACGCGCCAGCCUGGAACCCUGCACGUAUUUUUGAGCAAUGGAACACGUCAUUCGGUACGCCUCAGGUCCAACCACAGCCUUCGACGCUGCCUCCCCAGUCCAAUUCGCUUAGUGUUUCUCCGUCUUCAGGUGCACCCGAAGCCCCGUCUCUUCAAGACAUCCAGGCUGUCAAUGCUACUCUACCAGUGGUCUCUCAACAAAUGGCGCAGCAGUACUCAGCUGCGCCAGUGCAGACAUUCGUCUCGCCAGCCAUGUGGCAGGAGUCCGUGGCCAGUGUCUACGAGGGCGGUCUCAAGCGGGGCUGGGACUACGAUGGCAGUGGUCCAUUAAUGAAGCGGCGAUGA